AUGACUCCUCUUGCCGAGCUCACUCCACCAAUAGACCAACCCCGUCGGUUCCCGACAGUCGAAGACGAGACUCCUGCUAGUGAAGCCAGUCAGAUAGCAACGACCAUGUCGACCUCUGGGUCAUCUGCGGCUACAGAAAGAACAACCACCGCUUCUAAUGCAGCAGCUGUCGAACCACCACCUCAUGACAUUGCUGACGUCGUCCUCGCUUCGCGAUCCGAGCACACAAAGCCUCAGUCCAUGGACGCCGCUACUGAGAGCGCGGACGCAGAAACGUCUCACGCCUGCUUUGCUAAACGCGACACUCAUACGCCUUCUCAAUGUUCCAUCCGAUCUGGACAUGGCUACACCUCUUUCCAACAUACAUCGCCAGAACAAGUCUCUUCGAUCUUCCCAGCCGAGCUUCCGCCGCGUCCUCCACCAAAGCAAUCCUUCUUAAAGCGGCUGCAAGGUGUUUCUGCGCGCCCUGCUCAGACCGAAAAACUAAUGUCCCACGAUCACACCUACCGAACGCCCGACAUCGAGAUGGCUGCGCUCAGUGAGGCUCCGCGCUCUCACGGUGUUGACCGGUUUCGAAGCCUGACAUUCUGGCUCUUGAUUAUGCUUGGAAUGUCGUUGAGCAGUAUCGUUGGAAUGGUCAUCCAUUGGGCUGUGACCCAUAGGGAGUGA